AUGAUCAUUGGAGAUCUAAACGCACGUAUUGGGAGAUAUCAGAAUCCUUCAAAUUAUGAAUUACUGUCGCUAAACUUACUAAAUGUUACUAGAAACUCCAAAGAUGAACAGUUUAAUAGGAACGGACGACUUCUUACCGAAUUCUUUGAAAACUUUGGACUAUUUGUACUGAAUGGUGCGAUUACAGGCGACGAAUAUGGAGAGUUUACCUUUAUCAGCGGGCAAGGACAGUCAGUGAUCGAUAUUUGCGCAGUAUCAACUGGGUGGCUAAAUACAACCCCAAACUUCAAAGUCGGCAUAGCGAACUUCUCUGCACACCUUCCAAUAGAAGUCAACGUUAAAUUCUUUAAUCAAGCUAGCCAAAGCAUCUCAAAUAAUUUCCAAAAAUUAAGGUGGAAAGAAAACAGUGCUACCGUUUAUAAAUUUCUCCUGGAUCGUUACUUUAGCUCCCUCCCUCCCCAUGCCACAACCGGAGUAGAACAUUUAGAUGAACGAAUAACGAGUGUAAUUCAUAUCUCAGCGCCAUUUGCCAGUAGCAAUAACAACUCUAACUCUUUUACUCCUAAAAACGUAUGGUUUGAUAAUGAUUGCAAGAAGCUCCGCAAACUAUCAUUUGUGUAUCUCAAACUAUUUCGAUCCACAAAUGCAUUGUUCUUUAAAAGUAUUUACCUUCACGUAAAUAAGGAGUACAAGACUUUAUGCGCAGCAAAAAGAAGAGAUUACAAUACUAGUCUGGCGAAGAAACUGGUAGAUUGUAAAAACUCAAAAGUUUUCUGGGAUAAUAUUCGCGAGCUAGGAGGACGUUGUCGACAUUCGGUGAAUACUCUCGCAGCUGAGACACUAGCGACUCAUUUUAAAACGCUUUUGUCGGCUGACGUGAAUCUCCAUACCUUCUCUUAUGCUCUCCCCAACUUUAUAGUCGAUGAACUGGAUGGUCCAAUACUGUUACGUGAAUUGGAAUCAACUUUACAAAAAAUGAAAAAUAAUAAAGCACCUGGUUUCGAUGGAAUUCCAGUAGAAUUUUACAAAAAUGGUACUGAGCAAUUGAAAAAUUAUCUUCUUCUAUACUUCAACCGAUUAUAUAAUGAGUCUCAUGUUCCAAACAAUCUAAACAAAGCAGUUAUUUUUGCAAUUUAUAAGAGUGGAGAUGUGAACCAGCCAGAGAACUAUAGAGGCAUAUCUAUUCUUAGCUCAUUAAGGAAGAUCUUCACUUCAAUACUCUACGAACGGCUGACCAAUUGGGUUGAGGACAAAAACCUUCUCAGUAUGUUUCAAGCCGGUUUUCGAGCGGGUUACUCAACGCUGGACCAUAUAUUUGCGUUAACAAGUAUUGCCAAGAAAUAUAUUGAUAAAAAGAAAAAAUUAUACGCUUGUUUCGUUGACUUCAAAGCUGCAUUUGACAAGGUGAAUAGACAAGCAUUGUUGUACAAGCUCUCAAUGCUUGGAAUCUCUCGGAAAUUCUUGCAGCUAUACUUCAAUUUCCUUAUCUCGUCGACUGCUUCGGUAUGGGAUGGAUCGCAUCUAUCAGAUUGGUUUGAAACGACAACAGGUGUCCCACAAGGCUGCAUUCUAAGCCCAAUCCUCUUCGCUUUAUUUAUUGAUGAUAUUUCCGAUGUUCUUCCAGGAGGAAUAUCUUUUGCCGACAUACAAGUAAAAGUAUUACUCUAUGCUGAUGACCUAGUAUUGCUGGCGGAAAACCCUUUCACUCUACAGCUGCAAAUAAACAGGUUAAAUACAUUCUGCGAGAAAUGGGGGUUAGCUAUCAAUACUAGCAAAACUAAGGUGAUGAUUUUUGAGACUCGUCAAAGAAGAAGGCUUCCCGAAGAGAAUUGGCAACUAAAUAAUAUUGCUAUUGAAGUGGUGCAGGAAUUUAAGUAUCUGGGAGUUUUAAUCACACACAACCUUAACUUCGCAAAGCAUGUUAAGAAUAAAAGUGAUGAGGCUAAAUUAGCUUUGAGCAUAAUGUGGCCCAAGUUCUUUGCGAACCAAGAAAUUGAUCUGUUGUCAAAAUACCGUGUGUUUCGCGCGACUGUGAAUACGUGCAUGUGCUAUGGUACCCCGGUUUUCGGACAUACUUAUAUAGAGGCGUUCGAAGCAGUACAAAGAUAUUUCUUCAAGCGCUUAUUUAGAUUGCCAAAUUCAACGCCAAAUUAUGCCAUCUACGUUGAAUCAGGAUUAUCGCCUCUUUACAUUGAAAAUCUAAAAUCAAACUCCGACUAUUUAAUAAGAGUUAUGAGAAGAACCGGAAGAAGUCUUCAUAAAUCAAUCAUGGUAAGAUUGUUGCAAACGAGGGCUUCACCAUUCAAGGAUUGGAACGAGCUAGCCCUAGCCCACGGAACUAAUCUUCCCCUAAGUGAAACAAACGCUGAUGAAUGGCCGGGGCUUUUUGCUAAUGUAAUCGCUAAAAUAGAUGAAAAAAUUUACACCCAGCAUCUAUCUAGAGCAAAUGAAACUACAUCUAGAAAUAUGUAUAAGAACCUCAAUCACCAGUUACCCUCGGAAGCGAAUUAUUUCUGUACUGAAUUUUCGGCCGAAGCUAUAAGCUACAUAUUCAGAGCUCGUGUCGAAUUGUUAAACUUAAACUUUAUGCCCCACCGAGCUGACUUGUCACAAAUUUGCGAGCUUUGCAACAGACGAGAGAAUGAAGAUACAAUCCAUUUUAUUGCAAUCUGUCCAAUGCUGCAGGAAAUCCGACGAUUGUAUUUCGAAUCAAGUCAUCUCACCCUAAACCGACUCUAUGAAAUACUCAAUGGAGCCAUAGGAUGGUCUACCCUCUAUAAGUACUGCAAACACGCCUUAGCAUAUCGCAAUAGUUAUGUAACUUAA